AUGUAUUCAAAUGAAGAAGAAACAACACCUGAAUGGAUAUUUGAACUACAAAAACAAUUUGCUGAAGACACAGCUAAAUUUAAGGCUCAUAUUAAUAAACUAAAAGAUGAAUUGCAUAAAAUUAAUGUUGGAAAUAAAUCAACGAAUGAAGUUUUGAAAUCUUCUAAUGCACUUAUGGCAUCAGCUACUGAACGGAUGGCAUCAGCUCGGAAAUGUAUAGCUUCCUGUUCUACUAAAAUAGAAUCAGCAGCAUCAAAAAAGAAAUUAGCAUUGAAAGAGAUGAAUGAAAUACAAACAAAGAUUAAUGAAACUAAAGCAUAUCGUGAAGAAACAGAUAAAUAUUGGAAUGAUUUAAUUAAUAAAGAAAUUGAAAAACUAUGUACAUCUCGUCGAGAUCGAUGUAGUAAAAUAAUUACUUUAAAUUCAUCAAUGAAACGAUUAAACAACAACAAUGAUCAUAAUCAUAAACAUACACAAACAAAAAAAAACAAGAAAAAAUUAUCAUAA